AUGAAUGAGUCUCGCGUCCGAUCGCAGGCGACGGCGACUUCAUCCUGCCAGGUUAUCGACGUCUCCAACGAGCCCAACAUUCUCCUUUCGCGUCUCGAUUCUGGAAUGACGAAGCAGGACAAUAUCGUGAUGCCUAGUGAGGAACCGCGGUAUGAGCGAGGCGGGAAGCAUAGACCGGUCGUCAGCACUGCUGCGUCCGCCAAGCUGCGCACGUUGCUACUCGGCGACGAGGCGUCCGCCGCUGACCUGGCCAAGGCCGCCGUGAACCUCCAGCUUGCCGCCUGGGAAAAAACGAAGGCGGAGGCCGAGCUCCGGCAGGACGCCGGGGUGGGCAAGCUCGCUGACCUCGACUUUGGUCGGCUCAAGUUCGCGGGCGUGUUGGGUGAGAACGCGAAGGAGGACGUGGAGGUGAUACUGGGCGCGAUGGGCAAGGGGGCGCGGGGGUUAGGUAGGGAAUUUUGGACGUGGGAGCGGGUGCCGUAUACGAUUAGGUGUGCGGGGCUGGCGGUCGCGAAGGACGUCGCUGAACGACCGAGGAAGAAAACCCGGGUCGACGCUGGGGAACAGCUGCUGGCGGACGUGGACGAAUGGGUUCUUAAGAACGAGAUGUACCUUCGUUCGAUCUCUAGGAAGCCAAGCUCGGCGACGCCGCAGACUAAGACUUGGAUGUUUGGGCUCAUUCGGAUUGAAGACGUUCCUGGUGUUGUUCCUGGCCACGCGCCUGUCCGCGAUGACGCUGGCGCUACCCUCGCCGUCAAGAUACCUCGCGAUCCGUUGAGUUCUCUUCCCGGAUACACUAUCCUCGACGCAAGGCGAGUCGACGCGGUUUACCUCCAGCCUACUUCGGAUGCGUUCAGAGUACGUUGGGGUAUCAUGACCGACGGUAUCUUGACUGGCCUCAACUGGGACAAUGUCUUCGUUGCGGGUGGGGUGGUCCUCGGCGCCCUCCUUACCCCGGAGAUCCCUCCAAAACACGCCGACGCGCCUCACGUCAAUAAGAUGGACGAGUGGAAGUCGUCGGACAUCGACAUGUACGUCUACGGCCUCGGACCGGACCUCGCGAACGAAAAGAUUGAACACAUCGCCGCCACGUACAAGAAAAAUCUUCCCGAUGGCGCGCCCUUCCUCGUGGUGCGGAAUUCGCAGACGGUGACGCUGUACUCGGAGUGGCCGCGUCGGAGGGUGCAGAUCGUCCUGAAGUUGAUCGGAAGUCCGAGAGAGGUUUUGUUGAAUUUCGACCUCGAUAUUUGCGCUGCUGGAUUUGAUGGCAGCAACGUGUUUAUGCUUCCGCGGUGUGUGCGUGCGUUGGACACGGGGACCAAUGUUUUCACGAUGGACCUCAUCAACGGCCAUUAUUUAGGGGAUCGAAAGGCUACUCGAGACAAAAGAGUGUUCAAGUAUGCGAACAAAGGCUAUGGCAUACGUAUUCUUCCCAUGUACAUCGCGGCUCUCUCGACUUACUCGAAUCGGAAGAAGCUCUCUGCCAUUGCACGCGGGGAACGGCUGUACGCCGAAAUCACGCUACCCAAAAUCGCUUCGGACUCUCGAUCGUGGACGCAAAAGAUCAUCUCCGAGUACGAAAAAGUCGGCACUCACAACCGCCCCUUUCAUUGGCCGCACGGCGCCUACCCUCCCGUCAAAAGCGAUAAACCAGUCUUUUCACAUGCGAUGCUGGAGAGCUACGCACAGGUCACGAGCGAGCCUUUGGGGAGAAGUUGUUUGACUGGAUUCUCGCUUCUCAUGAGGCACGUCGCCUUGUGGGAAGAAGAGGUCAACGGAAACAUCAUCAUACCAACAUAUUAUAUGGACAGGAUUUUCGAAGACCUCUGGGCAACGGAUACGUAUGGCGAAGGCCCUCUCCAGCAGGUUGCCUACGAUGACUCGCCCCCUUACGCAUGGGAUGAAUCGUUUAGCAUUGAAGGCUUUGCGCGAGCCAUCGAUGGUUUCAACGAAAAAGAGGCCUCGAAUGUUCAGGAGAACCUUGGUUGGAUCAGCGAAUCUCCUCUCGAAGACAAGCCGAUAUCCGCUGCGCGCACCACAUAUGGCAGCACCAUUAGCGAAGUACUUUCCCCAAAGAAAGACAUCUUGAUCCCCAUUCUGAUCCCCGAGGAUUUCCUUGAGUUUGCCAACGAGAUGACUGUACAGGCUUUACGACGGGCUCUCAAUCUCGAUCAGAGCGUUGAUUUAGAGCCUCUAAAGCCUGCGAAGACAGAUCCCCAGGAUGAUGAGGGAGAAGGGAGCGAGAAGCUAGUCAUUUGGCGCCUCGACAAGGUUUUGAAUUGGCAGAUGUUAGAUCGCAGGAUCGAUGAGGUCCGAGAAGCACUUUGGGCCUUCCAUCGCACUAAUGAGAGAAUGGUGGUCAAAGGAGAUCAGCGCAUGAAACUUUUGAAGACAAACAUCUCAAGGCGCGCUAUCAGGACCACCGUCGAAGACGAGACAGAAGCGUUCGUGCGAUGGGUGGCGCGGAAGCCCUACCACGAAUCCACAAAACUCCCCGCAAUGUAUGUGCUGAAUGAGGACUAUGGCAUGGACGACCUAGAAGACGACGAUGGCGGUAAUAACUACGACAACGACGAGGACGACGAUUGA